AUCAGUAAAAAAAAAGUACUGAUAUUGAAUCACCAACAAAAAGAUUUUUUGUUUGUUUAUGACGACAAUAAUAGCGUUGUCAACAUAAUAUUUACAACGUUACAUUACAAAAGAAAUUGAAUAAAAUUAUUGUGACUAUUUUAUUCAAUUACUUAAUAUAAUUAUGUUGAUAAAGAAAGCUAAUUGUAAGCAUAAUUAACUGUCCACUAACAAAUAUAUUUGUAAUAAGAUAAAUACAGAAAGACAAUACAAAUAUGUAUAUGUAUAUUUAUAAAUGAAAUGUUAAAUUAUUUAGCUUAUUUUAGUGUUUUUUUUGUUGCAGUAGAUGCUUCUGUGAAAAAAAUUCUGCACACUAGUUAGCAAGACCCCUUUCAAGAGUCUGUUUACAAGUUGUUCUAUUUAUAAAAUAUUACGAAACAAACACGGACAGCGCAACAUAAAAAGAAGUAUUUGAUGGGCGUAUAAUAAUAGAGAUCACAUCGUCAAAACAACAAGAUGUCUGACUUUCCAGAGGUCGAUUCUCAUUUCCAUGUAUGGAGUGUGUCAGAAUUCGAGUAUGAUUUCCUAAAGGUGGAAGAAUGCAAAAUCUUAUAUCGCAAUAUAUCAGUGGAGGAGUAUGAUGAUAAUAGAAGGAAAACACCUAUUAAAUAUAGCAUUUUUGUACAAUGCCUAAAUAAGUGCAUAGCAGAGACAGAGAUUAUUAUAAAGGAAGCUGAAAGACAUACUUUUAUCAAAGGUGUAGUUGCUGGCUUAGAUAUAACUAAUGGGAAUUUGCGUCAGGAGAUUGAGAGAUUAAGAUCACAGUCUAAACUAUUAGUUGGUAUAAGACACAUCUUAGAUGACGAGGAAGAGUCAUGGUUAACUCGUGAGGAUGUUCAUUGUGGUUUAAAGAUACUAGAAGAAGAGAAUUUAACUUUUGAUCUCUUACUAAGACCAAACUUAAUUAAGUAUGCACAAGAACUUCCAAAAAAAUUCCCAAAAUUGAAAAUGGUUGUUGAUCAUAUGGCAAAGCCAAAUAUUAAAGAUAAAGAAAUUGAAGAAUGGAAAUCCGACAUAGAAAAAAUAGGAAAAUAUUCUAAUGUUUAUUGUAAAAUUUCUGGUCUUGUUACUGAAGCCGAUUGGGAUAAUUGGAAAGAAAGCGAUUUUGAACCGUAUAUUAAACAUAUCUUGGACACUUUUGGUCUGGAACGUUGUAUGUUCGGAUCAGAUUGGCCAGUAUGCCGUUUAGCUAAAGCGGAUUAUAAGGAUGUGUAUAAUCUGUAUAAGAACAUUUUACGAAAAUAUUUAAAUGAUAGUGAAGUGACCUUGAUCAUGGGACGAAAUGCUAUUCAAUUUUAUGGACUCUCUCUAUAA